CUUCGCAUUAGCAAUUUUAUUGGAAAAGGUGGCUUCGGUGAAGUUUACAAGGGCAUUCUUGAUAAUGAACAAGUCGCUGUGAAGAAGCCGAUUAGUGGUAGUGUGCUAGAGAAUGAACAAUUUGCAAAUGAAGUCAUCAUUCAAUCUCAAGUCAUCCACAAGAACAUCGUUAGGCUCAUAGGUUGUUGCCUAGAAGUUGAUCUCCCAAUUCUAGUCUAUGAGUUCCUCUGCAAUGGUAGCCUCGAUGACAUUCUUCAUGGAAACAACAAGGUGCCUCUCAACUUGGGUGUACGUUUAAGUAUUGCUGCAGAAUCAGCAGAUGGUCUGGUUUAUAUGCACUCAAAAACCAAUACCAAGAUCCUACAUGGUGAUGUUAAACCAGCAAAUAUACUCUUGGAUGAUAAGUUUGUGCCAAAGAUCUCAGACUUUGGCAUAUCAAGGUUGAUUGCGAGAGACAAACAGCACACGGGAUCUAUCAUUGGUGACAUGAGUUAUGUGGAUCCAGUAUAUCUACAAACAGGCCUACUAACCGAAAAAAGUGAUGUCUACAGUUUUGGAGUUGUCAUCUUAGAACUUAUCAGUAGGAAGAAAGCCACACAUUCCGACGGCAGUAGCUUAGUAAACAAUUUCCUUGAAGCUUACAAAAAAGAGAAGGAAGCAACUCAGUUGUUUGACAAGGAAAUUGCAGUAACUGAAGAUUUGGAGAUUCUUGGUAGUUUGGCAGGGAUCGCUGUGGAAUGUCUUAACCUUGAUGUGGAUCAAAGACCAUGGAUGACAGACGUAGCAGAGCGUCUUCUCAAAAUGGAUCGAUCCCGUAAGUCGCAAUUUGCCCUGCAUAAUCCAGUUUGAACAUGUGUAUAUUAUGUCUUGUCGAAUAAGAUAGGCAACUAUGGAUGGGGCAACAUCUAUCUUACAUUGCUGUUGUGAACAAAAUCCUUCAAGUAGAAGCAGGGGACGUCUCCCUUGGUUCCAAGAAAAUUUGUAACAUAACUCCUUGAGUAACAGCGUGUUUUAAGUUACCUAAUGUAUGCGAGUUAAUUAAAUUCCUCUGUC